AUGAGAGUAACACAGACGAAACAAUUAAACCGCCUAAGUGCCAGAGAGGGCAGUCUAGCAGCCAGGACGCUGAUGAACCUCACACAUUCACCGUCUUGUGGAUGCUCAGCUUGUGGCACACGUAGCUUAUCAGCCCAUAAUGCACCAGUGGGCGAUAACGCAUUCGAGGUACAAUCAGCUGCCAUUAGGUUUGGGCAUAACGUCACGAGAGAAGUUGGGCAAGAUCUCGCGUCUAUGAGAGCUCGCUUGGUUGGUGUAUAUACUGACCCAACGGUCGCCAAACUCAAGCCAGUCCGCACGGUUCUCGAGAGUUUAGAGGAGAACAGAGUACCACAUAAGAUGUUCGAACAGGUAAAAUGCGAGCCAAACGAAGACAGUCUACAAGCAGCCAUCGACUUUGCGCGACAGCACAACUUCUCACACUUUGUCGCCGUUGGUGGUGGUUCCACGAUGGACACUGCUAAAGUCGCAAAUCUAUUUAGUGUUUACAAAAACGAGGAGCUUCUGACGUUUGUUAAUGCGCCAGUAGGAAAGGGACAGAUUGUAACCCAGGCACUCAACCCACUGAUAGCUAUUCCAACGACGGCGGGUACAGGAUCAGAGACGACUGGCCAGGCGAUUUACGACCACCAAAGUCUGGGCGCAAAGACCGGGAUUGCGUCUAGACUCCUCCGUCCUACUAUGGGUAUCGUAGAUGUCUGGAAUAUUGAUACCUGCCCUGUCGAAGUACACAUAAGCGCGGGUUUAGACACGCUCUUCCAUGCACUCGAGUCAUACACAGCUAUACCGUAUCACCAACGUACUCCGCGCCCACAGCAUCCAACUGAGAGGCCUGCGUAUCAAGGUGCUAACCCUAUGUCAGAUGUCUUCUCUCUCUGGGCUCUGAAAACAACUAUUGAGAAUUUACCUCGUGUCGCCCGUGAUCCUACGGACAAGAAGGCUAAGGAACAGAUGCUUCUAGCUUCUACAUUUGCAGGAUAUGGUUUCGGAACCGCUGGUGUUCAUCUCUGUCACGCUUCGUCAUACCCAAUCUCCGGUUUGAACAAGAAAGGUCCACAAUACAGCCAUCCAGGGUAUGAGAAUGUGGGAGAACCAAUCAUCCCACAUGGUAUCAGUGUCGCUUUAACCGGACCAGCUGUCUUUAAGUUCACAGCACCAUCAAACCCAGCUAGACACAGGGAAGCGGCCAAGUUAUUUGCUGGAUUAGAUGUCGAACCAAAAGAGUGGGAGAGGCUCCCAGACACGGAUAUUGGACAGCUACUCUAUGACAGAAUUGCGUCGUUCUUGGCACAACUGGGUAUACCGAUGGGACUCUCAAAGGUUGGCUACUCUAGCUCAGAUAUUCCAGCUCUCGUUGAGGGCACAUUACCUCAAAGGAGAGUGCUCAACUUGGCACCAAAUUUCAACCCGGAAUUGGAUGAAGCUAGAGAUCACUUGUCAGGCAUUUUAGAACAAUCACUUAAAUAUUAA